CUCUUUCGGAGAGCGUGUCAGAGGUAGACCUCAGUGAAACAAAGUUCUGAAACAGUGUAUCUGCACAAGAAGAAGAAUGGCUCUUCCGUCCACAAGCAUCCUCGCUAACUUCAACACUACGGCGAUAAAUGGAGAGCAAAACAACAUGAAUGGGAGUCAGUGUUAUAGUGAAAAACCACAUUUUUGGCACAUCUCUGUGCUGCCGGUGUAUAUCCUGCUCGUCGCUGUGCUGGGAAUUGUGUUGAAUGUAUUUGUCCUCGGGGUUUUCUGUCUUCAUAAGAAGUCCUGUACCGUGGCUGAGAUCUACUUAAGCAACAUAGCUGCUGCUGACCUGAUCCUGACGUCCUGUCUGCCCUUCUGGGCUGUGAAUGCAGCCAACCAAUUCAACUGGCCCUUUUCUCAUCACCUGUGUCGACUGGUCAACUUUGGCAUCAACAUGAACGCCUACUCUAGCAUCUACUUCCUCGUUUUGAUAAGCAUAGAUCGUCGCAUGGCACUAGCGAACCCUCUGUCCCAUAUAGGAAUAUCUAGGCCAAAAUAUGCCAAACUGGGCUGUGUGCUGGUGUGGUCUUUCGGCUUGCUCCUAAGUGUCCCCACACUUGUCUUCAGGGAAGUGAAAGAUUUCCCUGAAAUACAAUCUAAUAUAUGCUAUAUGGCUUUCCGAAAUCUCACUGAAAGGGUUGUGUUUGAUGUGAUGCAGGUUACAUUCAGCUUCAUCAUCCCCUUUGUCAUCAUCUUCUACUGUACUAUACAUAUUCUUCAAGCUCUGAACAACCGGAUAUUUGAUGGCUUAAACACCCAGAAGAAGGAGCAAAAGGCCACCACUCUGGUGCUGGCGGUCCUCCUGGCGUUUAUGAUCUGCUGGAUGCCAUUCCACGUGACAAAGAUAUUACUUUUGCUGCAAGAAGCUGGAGUCCUGACAGGGUGUAGCCUUGACUACGCCCUUAACAUCUGCGGCCAUGUCUUCAUGUACCUCGCCUUCUUCAACAGUGUUCUCAACCCCAUCCUCUACGUCAUUGUAGGACAGCAAUUUCGGCAAAAAGUGAGGGGACUCUUUAAACAGUGGAGAUCUACCAGAAAAUCGUCCGUUAACAUCUCAUGCACAAACUCAACCCGGAUGAGUAGUGUUGGACCUCAGUUGUCUGUUCCGAAGGACAUUUCUUAGAAGCUGUUGUUUUUGUUUACUUACUUUCACAUAAUGAACUUAUUAGUCAUGUUCCCCGAAGAAGAUAUCAAACAGUAACUUAGUCAUUUAGAAUUGAGUCAGAAUACACAUUAAAUACAAUCCUGUCUGUUGAGAGGAUAUUGUCUACUCAGACCUUACUUUUAAUUUCAAACAGUUCCCUUCAUCUUAUCUUCUUUGAGCAACAGGAGGAAACCGAGGGGAAGGAGGAGAAAGAUAACCAUAAUAUUUAGCAACAUGUAAGCGCUACUAACAUUAACAGACCAGAGGAAAUCAAUGUUGCGGUCACCUUUUAAUGCAUGGGAUUAUUACAGG